CUCCUUCCCCGCCGGCCCCACCGCCCUCGGCUACCGGGAGCUGGGGCCCCGCUCGCACAAGACACAGGGCGUCGUCUGGCGCCGACCCACGAGCCAUGAGUUGACCACCGUGCGGUUUAUUCCCGAAGCAGCCCCGCCAGCCAUGGGAGCCAUGGGAUCAGGUGGACUCCAGGGUGCCUCCAGGCACUUCUGAAAGACCUUGGUGUAGUCAGUGGUGGGGAGGUAAUGGCAGAGCAGCGUGUGCACAUGUGUGGAAAUGCAGUGCACCUCCUGGCACGUCCUGUGAAGUGAGCUGGCUGCACACGAGCUUUGGUCACCAGCUCCCGUUCUCACUGUGCUUGGUGUGUCUGGUGCCCGCACCCGCUCCUGCCCUGCUCCGUCUCUGUGGUGUUCAUCUGCCGUGGUCAAUGGUUUGGUUAAUUUGCUGCAAGUGUGGCCUUGUUCCCUGCCUCACCUGCGGCUACGUGUAAUGCAAGGCUUGUUUUGUUCGCAGGAGCUGUGUCCCAACCCCCAGUUCAUAGCCGGCGGAGCCACUCGCACGGACAUCUGCCAAGGGGCCCUAGGGGACUGUUGGCUCUUGGCAGCCAUUGCUUCUCUCACCCUGAAUGAAGACAUUCUGGCCCGUGUUGUUCCCAAAGACCAGAGCUUCCAGGAUAAAUAUGCAGGAAUUUUCCACUUCCAGUUCUGGCAGUAUGGGGAAUGGGUGGAUGUGGUGGUGGACGACAGGCUGCCCACCAAGAACGGGGAGCUGCUCUUUGUGCACUCGGCGGAGGGCAGCGAGUUCUGGAGCGCGCUACUGGAGAAGGCCUAUGCCAAGCUGAAUGGCUCAUACGAGUCCCUCUCUGGUGGCACCACCACCGAAGGCUUUGAGGACUUCACCGGUGGCAUUGCAGAAUGGUAUGAGCUGCAGAAGCCACCCCCCAACCUCUUCAAGAUCAUUCAGAAGGCACUCCAGAAAGGCUCUCUCCUUGGCUGCUCCAUUGAUAUCACCAGUGCUGCAGAAACAGAAGCAGUCACUUCCCAGAAGCUGGUGAAGGGACACGCGUACUCGGUCACCGGGGCAGAGGAGGUGAACUUCCGAGGAACAGUGCAGAAGCUGAUCAGAAUCCGAAAUCCCUGGGGAGAAGUGGAGUGGACUGGGAAAUGGAAUGACAACUGCCCAAACUGGAGUGGUGUUGACCCUGAGGUGCGGGAGCGACUGACCAGGAGACACGAAGAUGGGGAAUUUUGGAUGGCAUUCAAUGACUUCCUGAGGCAUUAUUCCCGCCUGGAGAUCUGCAACCUGACUCCAGACACCCUGGCAAGUGACAGGUACAAAAAAUGGAGCCUGCAGAAGCUGGAUGGCAACUGGAGGCGAGGAGCCACUGCAGGGGGCUGCAGGAACUACCCAGACACAUUCUGGACGAAUCCUCAGUAUUUGAUCAAGCUGGAGGAGGAAGAUGAGGACCCUGAUGAUCCUGAGGGGGGCUGCACUUUCCUCAUUGGGCUGAUCCAGAAGCACCGUCGGAAGCAGAGGAAGAUGGGGGAGGACAUGCACACCAUUGGCUUUGCCAUUUAUGAGGUGCCCCCAGAGUUUUCUGGCCAGACAAGUAUUCAUCUGAGCAAAAACUUCUUCCUGACCAACAAAGCCAGGGAAAAAUCCAACACCUUCAUCAACCUCCGGGAGGUGCUGAACCGGUUCAAGCUCCCUGCAGGAGAAUACAUCAUCGUGCCCUCCACCUUUGAACCCAACAAAAACGGGGACUUCUGCCUCAGAGUCUUCUCUGAAAAAAAUGCCAACUCCACGGUGAUAGAUGAUGAAAUUGAAGGCAAUUUUGAUGAGACUGAGACCAGUGAAGAUGACAUCGAACCCAGCUUUAAAAAGCUUUUUGGGCAGCUAGCAGGAAAUGACGCAGAGAUCUCUGCCUUCGAACUGCGCAGCAUCCUGAAUAAAAUCCUGGCUAAACGCCAAGAUAUUAAAUCUGAUGGCUUUAGUAUUGAGACAUGCAAAAUAAUGGUUGACCUGUUAGAUAAUGAUGGGAGUGGCAAACUGGGACUGAAGGAGUUCCACACCCUCUGGACAAAGAUUCAGAAAUACCAGAAAAUUUACAGAGAAAUUGAUGUGGAUCGAUCGGGUACCAUGAACUCAUAUGAGAUGAGGAGGGCGCUGGAAACAGCAGGGUUCAAACUGAACUGCCAGUUACAUCAGGUCAUUGUGGCUCGUUUUGCUGAUGAGGAUCUUGUCAUUGACUUUGACAACUUUGUGCGCUGUUUGAUUCGGCUCGAAACCUUGUUCAAAAUGUUUAGAAAACUGGAUACGGAAAAAAGUGGGACAAUAGAAUUGAACCUUGUUAAUUGGCUGUGCUUUACUGUCAUUUGAGCCACUUGCAUCAGCCUGAGACCUCAACAAGAGCAUGAUCAGGUGAAGAUAAUCAAGCUACAUACAAGUAAUAUCCAAACAUGAAUGUGCCUUAACUUACACAAAGCAAGCAGAUUUUGCAUGCAAUUACAAGAAGAAAAGCAUUCUACUUCCACAGAAGAACCUGCAACCUCAUUUUUAUGGGUCUGACCGUCUGUACCUAUUCUCGUAUAGCCUCUGGAAAAAGGCUUUAGUUUAGUAUCAAUCCUCAGUGCAAGUUUUGAAAACACUGCUUUGCUAAUAUCUUUGUAUUUAAGGCAUUUUACAGGACUUCAGGAAGAAAAGCUCAUUAUAACUUGACAGUCUGGCUUUAAAAAGUGCUUUUUGAACAACAUCCUGUAUAUCUGAAAUUAGUAAAGAGAUAGUAUUGCAAAUCUAAACACCUGUACUCAGAGAUAGGGGUUCCAAGCCCCAGCACUAUCAUAGUGAAAUAUUCUUUAAAGAAUUUGAGUGGCAAGUACAUCUCUGACCAAAAUGAGCAUUGAUGUGCCCGGAGCCGGAAGCUGCUGGUAACAAAAUUCUUCCAAGAGAAAGCCCAUGCUUUCAGGAGGAAUCUUGAGUUCCUGUACCUUAUUUAUCUUCCUUUGAAAUACAAGAUAGCAUUUAAAUUAACAACAACAACAACAACAAAGUGGAAAUAAAGUUUGCCAGACUUAUUUCUGCUGAAAAUAAGCACUUUUUCUUUCUUAGAGAUUGAUAUUCUAUACUCCACACCCAGCCUGUUGAAAGCAGAGGCUGUGACUGUGAGCCAAUUGCUGCUGCCUUUAGUUUCCCCACCUGAGGAAUUGUGUCCUCCUUACAAACUAUUUAUUCCUUAUGGGCACCUUUUCAGAAAGCAGUAGGACUUACCUAGUAAGAAAACAUGAGCCUGCAGGAUGAGGCACUUUCUAAAUACCUGUAAGGAAUUAUUUGCUCCUCAAUUAAAUACUGUUCAGUAUCAAAUUAUUGCCAAAUGGAGAGACAGAAAGGAUAGGAAAGGCUUUAUAGGAAUGGCUUUAUUUGAAAAAUACUUGUACCAAGCUGGGUUUUUUCCUUAAGUGUGUCCCUUAGCUUUUAAAGUUAACAAUGUGUCAGUAACAGAUUCAGCUAAAUUUUAAAUGCAGAAAAACUACCUUGAAUGGAUGGGGGAGGAGGGGCUCAAUUUAAUACCGGAAGUAGCUGAAAGUCAGUGUAAUGUAGAACAACAGUGUGUCUUACUGGUAACAUUUCUAAUAAAAAUCACUGUUAAAAUACCCAGAGUUAAAGCUUAAGAGGAGACAAAAGUUUAAUGGUGAAGUAAACAAGUAGAAUAAAAUAAGUACAUUAUCAAGGACUACAGAAAGUUUCUACACUUAGCCUUCAAAGUACAAAAUACAAUAAAUAUAUGAGGCUCAUUGUCAAAAGAUGAAUCUAAAACUACAUUUCUGUUACAGCACAUAUAAGAUGCUAUAGCUUUUUUAAAAGUUAUUGCUUAAUGGAUUGGUCAUGUGGUUGUCACUCUUCAGAUGCACUUCAGAUUUUUUAGCUUCUUUUAACAAACAUUCUGCUUCCACCAAUAAGCAGUUGGGUGCUGUGCACAUACUUCAAUUUCUUCCAUCUGGAAAAAAACCUCAGGAUAAAUUUGGACAAAGCCAAGUUGUCUGUUUCAUGAUGAUUCCUUCAAUGGCAAAUUCAAAAGGUCCUUGUAUUUAAUGCAGAAAAGAAGUGAGACUCUCUUCUGCCUUGUUUGAAGGCAGCCGGGUGGGUACUUGAACAUAAUGGUUUGAUUCGACCAAAGGCAGCAGAAUUUCAUUUGCUUGUAAGCAUUAUUUCGUCUUGUACAAUGCCCUCAUCCAUUUGCUAAUGCAUCAAUCAUUCAUUUCUUUUCAAAGCACAUUUUUCAUAGCUUUCAAAUGACAUUGUCAUUGAAAUAAGUCAGAACCAACACAAAAUGGACUUCUUUUGCUGUAAGUUAUCCAUAAUUAGUACUUUAAGAAUCUGGCUUCCAUACUAUUUCAUGCCAAGCUUCUUUGUCUAGGUUUAAUCCUUGGAUACAGCUGAGGGUAAAACAGAAGUGAGGUUUAAAAUUUUAGUACUUUAAAAGGUUAUUUUUUUAAAAAGAAAAAAUAAAGGAACAAAAAAUUGUAGCUCUUUGGUGCUACAAUUCUAAUGUACUCCAUAGUACCAAAAAGCAUGCUUAUAAAAAACACCCAGAGCACUGACAAAUAUGAAUUUAGCAGUCUUAAGCAAGCUUAAAACCAUACCAACCUUGUCAGUACAAAAGGAAGGUAUUGAACAGCACAUAAUAGAGUACUUUCAGCUCUACCCAGAUGGGUGGGCCAGGAAACGCACAUGGCUUUGUAAAUCAAGAGACUUCUGUGUUCAGUAAACUGCGGGAUUGUUCCCUGUUUUAUAAAUGGGACCAGAGAGAUGAAGUCUGGUUUGCUUUCUCUCACCUAUCAGCUUUUAUGGCAGUAAAGCUUGGGGCAAGCUGGAAACAUCUGUCUGCAGAAGGACCAUGGAAGUGGAGGAGCUUUGCUUUAGGGAGUGGAGGGUGGGUGGCCAGUUCUAUGAGUGACCUGCCCAGCAGGAAAUUGGUCCCUGCCAGCCUUUGGCCCCUGGGCCAAGUGCUACUUAUACAGCCUGGCUGUGGGAAAUGAAUUUGUAAAGAAUUCUUAAAAUCUGAUAGAAAGUUCACAGUCUUGUACAUCUCUAUGCAAACAUUGAGAUAAGGUGUGUUGAUUUCAGAACUAGAUUGAACUAGAAACAAGUUUCAACAAGUUUCAAAAUAUGGCCUUGCAAAAAGACUAGAUGUCUUAGAGAAUCAGAACUGUGAAAGAUGCAUUGUAGCAGGACUAUGUGGGGAAAAAAUAGAGGUGGUUGCUGUUAGAAGUAAUAGCAGCAUUGUGUGGCAAAAGCUAAUAGGCAGAAAAACACUAUAAGGUAUUGUAACCAGGAAAUAGGUUGGCUUCUGAUAGAAUGGUGGUGAGUUUUACAUCUCUUGUGUCUCACUAUUCAUCAAGACUGAUAAUGGAAUAAAAUCUUUUAAAACACCUUUCAGUUACCCCAUCUCUGUAAAAGUUGGGAAAACCUGGCCACACACACAGAGGUGCAGGGGACAACUGACAGCUUGGGACAGCACACAUCAGGGAUAAGAUGCCUGGGAAGCUGUUGGUUCCUACCUAGAAGGGCUUAGGGAACAGCUGCUGUUCUGAAAAACUUGGCCACUGGCAUAUGAAAAUAGGAGGUUGCACUUCAUCCCGUUAGGAAAGAUGAAUCCUCCGUGCUCUAAAUGGCAAUGCAUGUCUACAUCACAGCUUUAAGCUCUCCUUAAAGCUGCCCCCAUCUUUCUUCAACCAGACUCAGGCUUCCUUCUUUUCUCAGUGUCUAAGACAAGGCCAAUGACUUCACCAUGAGGUCUGUCUGAGCCUGCUGUGAUUUCACCACUCUUAGAGAGGAGGUCAGUCAGUUACAGUAUCAUAGCACCUGACAGUGUUCAAAAGACUCCCUUUGACAGUGUUAUUUUACUAGCUUAGGGAGCUGGGGAGUCACUAAGAAAGGUGGAGCACUGAUACUGGUAAUUUAAUCCUUGUUUUUAUUCAGUACACCUGGCUGCAAAAGGAUAAAGCAACUAUUAUAAAAAUAAGAAUAUAUUAAUCUAGCAAAUGCUUUCCUCUUUGGUGAACAAAGAGGACCUAGAAUUCAGCUGCUAUAUUAAGAGGCCAGUAAUUGCUUUGGAGAAUCACCACAGGAUAUUUCAGUGGCAGCACUAGAACAACUGAACAGAGACAGGAGUGUCACAGUUAAUACUGUUAAUAUUUUCCCCAAAGAUUCUGUUGGGAUUGUGUUGUGCUUACAAAGAUAAGUUUUGAUCCCCAGUUUAAGCUGUGUUGCCUUGUACUUUUUUUUUUUUCUAGAAGCACAGAUGUUCCUUGUGUUCUUACACACCUGUGCACAGGCUCAAAGCAAAAGCUUAUGAACAAGCACUACAUGCACAAUUCACCAUGGAGCAGGCAAAAAUCAAAAAGCUGCCAUUUUAACCUUGCUGUGGAGGGCUGAUGUCUGCUCUCAAUUUAGAAAUGUUUACUUUGGAGAGGGAAAAAAAUGAGCAGGAGUAGUAUGAUAGGCACGAUUUUACAUUACAUGGAGUGUAGGACCUGGAAAUGAUACAUUUAGGAAAACUGAUUUUGCAUUAGAUAGAGCUGCUCUGCAAAAUCCAGCCAGUUUAAGAGUAAGGAUUAUCUGCAUGAGGAAGGAGGCUCAGCCUCUUUCAAGCACCAUACAUCAACAAGCUAAAAUUCACAGUGCUUAAUCUUGGAGAACAUCUUAUCUCCAGCCCCAGGGCAACUAGAAUUGCAGAAAAAGGCUUAAUGGAAUUCUUAUGUAUGUGUCCAUCUGCCAUUGUUUUCUAGCAACUCAGCUAUGAGGAGAAAUACCAGGACAGGACGUAAUUGAAAGUAUCUUAUUUGUGCACUGUUGUUUUUAAUAAAAGACAAUACAAAAGGUGAGAGAAGGAGAGGCCAUUCAUUAAGGCCUCGGACAUAUGGUUAAAGGUUACUUAAAAAGCAUAGGAGAAAACAAAGAAAUGUACAUUACAUUGCCCAGCCUUUACUGGGCAAUGUAAUCUGUUUUACAGCACUAGGAAAAAAGAUAACCUAGAUUUUUUGCAGUGUGUAUCUCCUUGGAUCAAAACAUGCCCUGUGUACACAGGGAAGGACUCAUGACUCACUCUUCAUGCAAGCUUCAGUUCUGAAGGCCCUUUGUGCCAAUACAUGACUUUUUUAAAAUGGAAAAUUCUCAAAAAAAUCAUAGAAUAUCCUGAGUUGGAAGGGACCCCCACAAGGAAUCACUGAGUCCAGCUCCUAGCCCUACACAGGACAGCCCUAAAAUCACCCCAUGUGCCUGAGAAUAUGCUCAAGAAAAUAUUAUUCACGCACUGUGUUUGUAUAAAAGGGUUUUUUUUUUUUCUCUCUAAAAUGGCGAGACUGAGUGGAGACUUACCAGGGCCAUUCUGUAACUUGCUUAAAAGCAUUUAAUCUGUGCUCAAGGCCCCAUCCCAAGAUAAGCAGGGGUCCCUUUAUGGGAGCAAAGGCUAAGGCUGAAGCAGGGAUGAAGUGAACAGAGAAACUCUGUAUAGAGGACAAGAACUGCUAAAAGUUAAUUGCAACUUGUAACACGAAACCAGUAAAAUGAAUAUGCAUGAGACUCUAUGCAUAUGUAUAAACAAGUGGGAGAUAAAAAAGGUUCGGGAAUUCUCAGAGGUGAGCAUGUCCUUUGAAGGGGGAGCGAUCCCCACAUGCACCAGCGCUGCAAUAAACAUAGCGGCUUUACAACUUUUA